UAUCCUUCACUUUAUUAUUACCUAGUGAUUCUUAAUCAUUGCAAAUGUGAUUGACAAAGAGUAGUUACUUUGAUAAUUGAACUCCCCGCCUUUAUUUUGAUUACUGUUUUUGUUGCUGUUUUUUGUGCUUUUGCUUUCAAAAUAUUUUCACUCGGUCUUAAUCAAUCAUUAAUAGGUGUUUUAAGGUUUUAAUUUCAGUCAAACUCAACUUUUCUGAUAUUUGCUCUGUUAUUUAUUUGUAAAUCGUCAUUCGACACAUUCAUUGGUGAAAUGGCUGCCUCAAUCUCUCAUAAAACGAUAACCAGAUUAUUAAAUGUAACUGGUUUAGGUGAUAAAGUAAAUGAUCUCAUCCUUUCUCGUGUCUGUUCUGGAAAAUCUGAGAACUUGGUUAUAUUUUUUCAUGGAGAUAUUCAGUAGGAUUACUCUGAAAUGAUGUCAGCCAAUCCAAACUCUAAAAAUUAUUGCCAAUGGAAUCUUGAGGAUACUGGUUCAAUUUUGGCCAAAAAGUUUUCCAAUCAUGUAAUUAUGACCGUUAAAGCUUCAAGAAUCGACUCUCGGGCCAAAGCUUGUUUUGAUAAUUUUGUGAAGACUGACCGUUACGGUGAGCCGACUUUUGCCAUGGACAUCAAGCCUUUAAUGCAUCUUCAACUUUUAACUGAACAAGCAAUCAAAUCAUCUGAUUGGCUAUCUUCUUUGAAAUGUAUUAAACUUAUCGGUUUUAGUCAAGGGAUGACUGUCAUAAAUCAAAUAAUCCAUUCACUUUACUCCUUGGAUCAAUCUCCUAAUUCUGAUCUUGAGGCUUUCGCUUCUUUAAUCAAACAUAUUUACUGGCUUGAUGGAGGUAAAUGCUGGUUAACUGAUGAAAAAAUCAUACAAACACUGAAAAAUAGACGCAUUUUUGGACACGUAUAUGUCACUCCAUUACAAGUCUGCAAUCGCGAUCGUCCCGAUAAUCAAAUUAAUUAUAAAAUUUUUCUUAGUUUUUUGGAUUGCCUUAAAAUUGAUCAUGUUCACAAGCUUUACUACAAGGAUUCCGAACCUUCAUUUGCUCAUCAUUUCCAACUUUUAGCAGAUUUCGAUAGCGAUUAGUCUCCACGAUGAUCUCACUGUAAUCUCAAAUCAAUUUGAUCACCUUUAUUCAAGUUAGAAAUAAAAGUUACAUUCAAUUCUGUAUCAAUUAA